AUGCCCCCUCGGAGAUCCAGGGCCUCUGGGGCCACCCCAAGCUCCAGAACUGCGCAUAAACGACAGUUGUCAGAGACUCCUGUUUCCGCAACGCCUGUCAGCAGAACGUCCAAGAGGCUCAAGGAGUCGGCAUCCAAGAUAAAGUCAACGCCGACGAAAAGCAAAUAUUUCGAGACCGCUGAUAGUGAUUCUGACGAUACUGCAGAGUCGCCUGAUGAAGCUGAAGACUCUGGGUACGAGGACCAAAACACAUCAGCAGCAGAGGACAUCACCGAGAGCGAACCUGAAUCGCGAGAUGAUUCAGAUUCUGAGGAGGAUGAAAAAAAGCAACGGUCCAAGCGGAAGACCGACCGUAAAUCUCACACUGGUGUUGGGACGCCAGGUCCUGUGGUGCUCGAAAAGGGGACCGAGCUCUGGAGGCCCGGGGUGUCGACUGGCCUCGGACCAGGGAAACAGGUGUUUAUCGAGAAGCCGAAGCCCAGAGGAGACGGGGGCAUCAAAUACAUGCCUGGACGAAUUCACCCCAACACGAUGGCAUUUUUGAAAGAUCUCAAGAACAACAAUGACCGGGAAUGGCUCAAAAUGCAUGACCCUGAUUAUCGGCAAUCGUGGAAAGAUUGGGAAAGCUUCGUAGAGACUUUGACAGAAAGGAUUUCGGAAAUUGACGAGACAAUUCCUGAACUUCCCCCUAAGGACCUUGUCUUCCGAAUAUAUCGAGAUAUUAGAUUCUCAUCCGAUCCCACUCCCUACAAGCCACACUUUUCGGCCGCAUGGUCUCGGACAGGACGAAAGGGCCCGUAUGCAUGCUACUAUGUACAAAUCCAGCCUGGAGGAAAAAGCAUCGUCGGGUCCGGGCUCUGGCAUCCAGAGGCACAGCCUUUGGCUCUUCUGAGGGCUGAUAUAAACGGAAAACCUCAUAGACUGAAGCGGAUUCUGAUGGACCCUCAAAUGCGAAAGCAGAUAUUGGCGGGGGCACCAAAUGACGAGAAGAAAGUUCUCAAAGCUUUCGCUUCUCAAAAUUCCGAAAAUGCUUUGAAAACGAAGCCAAAGGGAUACGAAGCCGACCAUCCAAAUAUCGAAUUGCUUCGCUUGCGUAAUUUUACUCUCGGCAAAUCGAUUCCAGACGAAAAGGUCACUGGAGAACACGGAUUGCAAACAAUCCUCGAUUUGAUUGGAGUGCUGCAGCCAUUUAAGCGCCCCAUCCGUGAACCGAGCCAGCUGAACCAGUGGUUCGACUCUGCCGAUAAAAGCGGCCCCGGAGGGUUACCGAUGGCCUUUUCGGAUGUGCAGAUUGUCCCGCCCUUGCCAUCACAUCUUCAAGACCUAUUUUGA